AUGCCACUCGAUACUCGCAUUCACAUCAUUGUCGUAGUCAAAUAUAGCCAGGGCAAGCCCGUUCAAAGAUACGAGACAACAGUCGCAAAUCCGUCACGGACCGCAGACCCGUCUCAUCCCUACUCGGACGGCAUCUUGCGAUUUUCAUUACGAUGCCAAAAGAUGAACAAUCAUGGCCUUUACAUGCUCGGCGUUGUGCAGACAUGUCUCCACUUCCACGGGAGCAAGAGCACCCUGGCCGUGUCCCAGUGGAAGCUGCUGUGCUUCAAUGUGCUCACCGAGACGUUUGUCCACCGGGACUACGAGAAAUGCCUCACCAGCCCCAAGUUCCACCGCCCGACCUGGGACUGGGCCGAGUGGCACAACAUCCAGGCGUGGGAUGACUACCUGGUGGUGCUGUGGCAGCCACGGCCGCACGUCAUCCACGAGCCCUGUACAUUUAGCGAACUGCUCCUGGCGACGGACAACAUCGCAUGCAUCUCCAGCUCACAGCAGACUUUCAAUGACAUUAUCCGCCCAAAGCGGUUUGAACCCGCGCUCACCAUUGACACGUUUCACCAGCGUCGGUCUGGCGUCGCCAACCACGUCUUCAUGGACGACGACUUUAUUAUCUACGCGGCGCCUGACUCGAUCCUCGUAUCGACGUUCAGAGGCGCUCGGCAUGUCACUAUUCCGCCGCCCAUGGACGGCAAUCCAAUUAAUGCACUCGCUAGUUUGCCAGCGCCAAGGCGGGCAGAGCCACCGCGGCCAGUACCGGCGUGGGACUGCGAAGUAUACACAGCGCUCGAGGCACCGCAGCUAUAUACUUAG